AUGCUCUUUUGGACCUUCUUCAAGUUCAUGGUGGACAUAUGCCGGAAUUCGACUAUAUUGUCGUUGGAGGAGGUACCGCUCUUGGUCGUUGAAGCUGGAGUAAAACACACAAAUGAUAUCAAGCUCCAGGUUCCUCUGUGGUACCCUCGCUCAUUCAACAUAGUCAAGGACUGGAAUUACACCUCCGUUCCUCAACCAGGGCUCCAUAAUCGAAGCGUUGGUUUCCCGAGAGGACAUGUCUUGGGAGGAAGCAAUUGCCUCAGCGGAAUGGCUAGUACCCGCGGUCCAGCAGAGAACUACGAUCGUAUAGCGAAGGUUACAGAAGACGAUAGAUGGGCAUGGAGAAAUAUGUUACCUUUCGUUUACAAAAACGAGAAGUUAGUCCCUCCCACGGACCACCACAAUACCACAAAUCCGGUCAUCUCGUCCGUCCACGGGCAGUCUGGCAUUAUGGGCUACAGUGUACCUAGCUAUCCAUCUCCUUUGGCUGUGCUCGUCAUUCAGACCACACAAGAGCCGAAGGACGAGUUUUCGUAUACCCGAGAUAUGAAUGCAGGAGAUGAGUACGAGCUGGGUUUCGGCCACCCGUUACAGUGUUGGGUGGGACCCGUGAAAACUCGGCUACUGCAUAUCUCCACCCUGAGUUCGUCGAGCAACACAAUAUUGAUGUCGUGUCUAGGGCGAGAAAGCUCUUCUAAAGUUUGA